UCGGACACGAGGUGGGUUGGGCAUGGGGGAUGCAAAAGCGAUGGCCGAGAAAGCGCGCAUCGUCCUGUCGGGCUCAGUUUCCAGUCAUUCGGAACACGAGACGGACACGGAGCUGGAGAUGAAGGCCAGGAGCAGCAGUGGCGGCGGGAGCGGGCAUAGAUCGCGCCGCACCAACUCCGAAAGCAGACCACUCAUCGACCGAAGCAGCUCCGUGGAGUCAACGUCAGUCAGUCUCCAGGUGAACCAGUUUGACGACCCCGAGUUCUCCUCCCUCGUACGGGUUGCCGAGGACGCCAUCUUGUCCGGGAUUCACCCCUCAGAUGAUCUCACAGGGCAGCAGUGGGAGCUACUUCAUUCGAAAUACUGACUCUGAGAUAAUCUCAGUGUUCAAGCCCAAGGACGAGGAGCCCUACGGACAGCUCAACCCCAAGUGGACCAAGUGGAUGCACAAGAUAUGCUGUCCGUGUUGUUUCGGUCGGAGCUGUCUGGUGCCCAACCAGGGAUACCUCUCUGAGGCAGGAGCCAGCAUUGUGGACGAGAAGCUGGUCCUGGACAUUGUACCCAAGACCAAAGUUGUUCACCUGGCAUCGGAGGUGUUCCAUUAUCAUGCCAACGACAGGAUGAAGAUCAGAAUGAGGCGGUUUGCCACGGAGCAGUGGCCGACCACCAUCGGGAAGAGGGUCUCGCAGGAUCUGCCUCUGAAGGUGGGGUCGUUUCAGGUGUUUGUGAAGGGAUACAAAGACGCGGAGGUUCAACUGGAGGAGUUCAAGUCCGACGUUCUUCCACCUCACCUCGAGAGGGCUCUGCAGCUGGAGUUUGAGCGACUGGUUGUCCUGGAUUACAUCAUCAGGAACACGGACCGCGGCAACGACAAUUGGCUCCUGCGAUACGAGGAGCCAACCAUCCACGGAGAGCUGAACGACGUGGACAUUAGUCUCGACACAAGUCGCUCGGAGGAGAAGAGGUGGUCUCUGAUUACUCCCUCAGAGGAGCAAGGCUCCGUAAAGAUAGCGGCCAUCGACAACGGUCUGGCCUUUCCAUUCAAACACCCCGACGAGUGGAGAACCUGUAAGACCAGUCUGACACGCUUAUAUAUACAGCUCUGAGGAAAAUCAAAGUUUCCAAGUCCCGAUGUUUCAGAUCCAUUCUACUGGGCGUGGCUCCCCAUGGCCAAGAUUCCGUUCUCUGAAGAGACAAAGACACUGGUUCUUGACAAGUUGAAAGAUCAUGAGUUUGUGCAAGGUCUGGUCGACGACCUGAGGAGGCUCUUCAAGACAGACAAAGGAUACGAUCAGUCGACAUUUGACAAGCAAAUGGCAGUAAUGAGAGGCCAGAUCCUCAACCUGACUAAUGCCCUCGAGAACAGGAAGACUCCAUGGCAGCUAGUCAAUCUUCCUCCAGUCACCAUUGAGGCCAUCAAGGAGGGCAGAACUCGUAGAUUCAUUCAGAAAUUCAGGGACAGAACACCUUUCUUCAAGGGCUGCUAGGCAGCAAUCGCAGCUCCUUCCCCCCUACCUGAUAGAAUUUUAUCUCCACGUGUAAUCCCGUGUGUCUGUGUGUUGUGUGUGUCACGUUGUUCGUAUAUACAUGUUUGAGAACGAGUGUAUUGAGAAGGUGCUCCGUGUCCUCAGCGCUACUUAGA